CCCCAUCCCGUCCCCGCCCUGUCCCCUUUGUGCCCCUGGCCCUCGCUCGCUCUCCCUCUAAGACCCGGGGCUGUGCCGGCCCUUCCCCUCCCCAACUCGCUCCCUCAGGCUGGGCCUGCCCGUCCCUUCUCGGCCCGCCCUCCUGUGUCCCUGGUCGGGCCCCGAGACACCAUGCUGACCCCCAUGGUGGCCGGGGGGGUGGUCUUCCCCGGGCUCUUCCUGCUCUCCAAGCACACGCUCCAGCGGCUGCCCCAGCCGCGCUGGGGGGAGGCCGACGCCGUGAUUGUCUCCGCCAGGCUGGUCUCCUCCGUCCAGGCCAUCAUGGCCUCCACUGCUGGGUAUAUUGUCUCCACCUCCUGCAGGCACAUCAUAGAUGACCAACACUGGCUGUCCUCCGCCUACACGCAGUUUGCAGUGCCCUACUUCAUCUAUGACAUCUACGCCAUGUUCCUCUGCCACUGGCACAAGCACCAGGUCAAAGAGCAUGGCGGGGAGGCCCGCGCCGCGGGCAGCACCUGGGCUGUGGUGCGCGGCUACCUGCACAAGGAGUUCCUCAUGGUGCUGCACCACGCCGUCAUGGUGCUGGUGUGCUUCCCACUCUCGGUGGUGUGGCGACAGGGCAAGGGAGACUUCUUUCUAGGCUGCAUGUUGAUGGCGGAGGUUAGCACCCCUUUCGUGUGCCUCGGCAAGAUCCUCAUCCAGUACAAACGACAGCACACGCUGCUGCACAAGGUCAACGGCGCCCUCAUGCUGCUCAGCUUCCUGUGCUGCCGGGUGCUGCUGUUCCCCUACUUGUACUGGGCCUACGGGCGCCACGCGGGGCUGCCGCUGCUCGCCGUGCCCUCGGCCCUGCCCGCGCACGUGAACCUGGGCGCUGCGCUACUGCUGGCCCCCCAGCUCUACUGGUUCUUCCUCAUCUGCCGCGGGGCCUGCCGCCUCUUCCGGCCCCGGGGCUGCCCGCCGCCCUCGCCCUGCCAGACCCGCGACUGA